CGCAGACCGAGGCGGCUGCAGCAGGAGGACGGAGCGCCGAGCGCGGACAUCUUUAUGAUCAUCAUGGCACCAGCAGCGCGCCUGUGAGGUGUUCAACGCAACGAGACAAGCGCGCAUUGCUCACAUUUCUAUUCACACUGUUCGAGGUGUGCAUGUUUAGAGACGGAGGCAGCUGGUUCUGUGAACGGUCGCCGAGACACCCGAGCCUCUGUCUGUAACGCGGCUUUUUAUUUGCGAUCAUGUCGGCAACGAUCAAAAAUGUCGUGAUAUUCGGCGCCACGGGAAUGACCGGACUCGCCACCUUGCCGCAGGCUGUUGCUGCAGGUUAUAAUGUGACAGUGCUGGUAAGAGAUCCAUCCAGGCUGCCCCCGGACCACAAGGCUUCAAGGGUGGUGGUAGGGGAUGUCCAGAACAAGGAGGACGUCAAGAAGGCGAUGGAAGGGCAAGAUGCUGUCAUCAUCAUCCUUGGAACUAGAAACGAUCUCAGCCCCACAACCAUGAUGUCCGUGGGGACAAGAAAUAUUGUUGACGUGAUGAAAGCUCGUGGGAUUCAUAAAGUCAUUGCAUGCAUGUCAGCCUUCCUCCUGUGGGAUCGCUCGAAAGUGCCCCCUCGCCUUGUGCCGGUCACUGAAGACCAUGACAGGAUGCAUAUGGUGUUGAAGGAGUCCGGUUUGGAUUACGUGGCUGUGAUGCCUCCACACAUUGAUGAUAAGCAUCCCUUGACUGAGAAGUACAUGGUGACAGAAGAUACUUUGAAAGGGCGAGUCAUUUCCAAAUAUGACUUGGGCCACUUCUUUGUAAAAUGCCUCUCCACUUCUGACUGGGACAGGAAAACAGUUGGACUUUGGGGGGAGUACAGUUAAACUCACUUAGAUAGAUAGGCUGAGCCCAUUAAGACAUAACAGGGAUUAGAAAACUUGCCUUACACAGCUAUUUCAAUCUAUUCACAAACAAUAGCAAACACAUUCAGUACAGUACUUACAUAACACUAUCUUAUGCAGAAAUUAUAGCAUAUGUUUGGUAUCAGAUAUUUUCAAAGUGUCGUGAUCAUGCCAUAUUAUAUCACCAUAAUGUUUUGUUUUUGAGUAUACAGUACUGCUAAAAAUUUCAAUUUUUACCUUAAACUUAUAUUGAUUUAAAUUGUAGUUUUUCCACUAUCUUGAAAUAAUCACAGUAUUGAAACAUGCUUAUUAUUGUAAUAAUAUUAAAAACAAUUUUUUUCAUG